AAUUUUAUUGGUGUAUUGAAGUACAUUUGUGAUACCUCUGCAUUGCGAAAAUCAAAUAGUGUGUUACGAUCCUGGGCUCCUGCUGACAUCGAGACUACCUGGGGCCUAUAGAGCAGUAAGAGGUAGAACCAGACAUGGUCCAGGUACUAUCCUGUCACCACUUCAAGUCUCAGACUGUUGUGAGUCCAAGCCAUGAGCCUCACAUCAUCUUUGCUUCAGGAAAGCACCUCUUUGUGGCUACAUCGCAUCAAACAGUUGAGGUGUACUUGCUUGAUGGAUCGGACUGUACCCUCGUCCAUACAGUCAAGACUAUUGGCCUUGCAUGGAAAGGAGCAUUCUGUCUACCUGGAAAUUACAUACUCCUCCUGGAGGACGAGGAUGGCAAGUUUAACAAUGUGAGAGCUUACUUCAACUGGGAUCAAUGGGACAAGUCAACCAAAACUAAGUCAGGUUCACCAACCAAAGUAGUUCCAACUGAAUCACAGGGCUUGGAGGUUGUUGAAGUGCGCCCCAAGCGUCAUGUGCAGUGUUUCUCUUGCUGCAGUGAGAAUGGGAACUUGGUCUUGGGAAUGCGGGAUAUCAUCAGCAUUUACCGAUUAGUAGUCCAUUCCGGCCAGCAUGACUUUCAGCUUUUCAUCGAUAUUGUCAUUGAUGGCUUCAAGACAGCCAAUGUUGAUAUCUGUGGUGCCCAUCUUGCCUUCACGUCAUUCCACGAAGCCCACGUCCUCCGCAUCAACUCCCAGAAAUUCCACAUAUCCUGUGCUUCAGAUGGAGCAGCCGAUUCAAUAAGUGUAAGAGCCACAGGGUCGUCAAAGCCUUCGGAGGGUAAGUCCCACAUGUGCAAGUCCACGUUAGAUUCUUUCACUGACCGUAAACCGUCGGAUACAGAGCAGGACAACUACUUUGUCAAUGAUUCCCAUUUCAUUGAAUGUACUUUUGAUGCCAGGAGUCUGUCAGUGAGACCCUCUGAACCAUCAGCAACUCACAAUCGUAUCGUUCUUCAAAGUAUCCUAGAUGAGGAGUAUCUUAAACAGAAGGAUGGUCCUGCAGAAACCCUUGGGCCAGUCAGCAGUAUUCCUGGCAUUGCACCAUUCAAAGUGAGACAUGCUGAGAAGGCCAAAUCAGAAAAGAGGUCCAGCUCAGAGAAAGUUCCAUCCUAUGUUCAUCUGCUGUACUGUAGGUUUUCCAGUACAGAAGCCAGCCUCAUGCUCGCACAACUCCUGCCUACCUACACAAAAGCCCCCUUUACACUGGAGAAAGCUGCAUCGGCACAAGCACAGACUUCUGAGUCAUUCCAUAGUCGAAAACUACUGGGCAUGUGUUGCCUCCUCAGUACCCCCAAGCAGGGCCUGGUCUAUGACGUCACAGGCCAAGUUAUUCCCCUCUCUUGUUACCUAUAUACGGGAGAAGCAAUAUCUUUGCAGGCUGGGGAGGAUUUCCUGUAUGCUGCUUCAUCCAGCGGCCUGGAGACCUACUCCCACAGAGUGAGUGCGGCCGCUAUCUACAAUAAAGAGACAUUCGAUGGCAAGUCUAAUGCUUGCCCUGAUCCAACUACGGACAUCUGCCUAGUAGGACUGCGGCCGUUCUUGAGUGUUCAGAAGGUGGUGUCAUGUGACAGUCAUGUGAUUCUCCUGUGUAAGGCACCCAAUGACCAGGGAGAGGAGUCGGGCAGUGAUUGGAGUGUUUAUGUUCUUCAGAAGGCCCCGGCCUCCGACCUCCUCGACGACAUGAUCGAGCUUGCGACAGGUUUCCGUCAAGCAAGCGUUUCGGCCUACCAGCAUCUCAUCAUGGAGGCCCAUCUGAUGAUGCGAUCCAAGAUGCUCCAGUGUUGUCAUGGUGAUGAGGAAGAUGAGACUGAGGAGUACAGAACAAUCGAGCAUCGGUAUCGAGAGACGAGUGCUCUUCUUGGCCAGAUUUAUGCACAGUCUACUAAUGCCACAGACUGGUCGCUUGCUGUUCCGUACCUCACGAUGUCUGAGCAUUCUUUGUCAGAGGUGCUAGAGGCAGUCACUGGAUCCUUCACAGAGCCAUUCAUACCAGAGGAUCAUCAUCUUGGACUAGGGUUGACAGAUUUUUUAGAUGUCAAGCUCUUCCAGGAGGAUUCUUCCAACGAACCAAUGAAUGAGGAGAUUGCAGAACGUGUAGUUGAUGUUUAUCAUCAUGUCGUUCCUUCGCGAUGCUCGCAGCUCUUUCUUUCAAGUGAGGUCAAAGGUCAUUUGAGUCCGCAGAAGAAGUUGGAAGUCCUUCAUAGUUUGAAGAAGCUGCAGUCAGAGAAUAGUUAUCAGUGGUCAGCCCGUGAUAAUAUAGCCAUGAUUCUCAUCAAUCUAGAAUUGGGUGAGAUGGAACAAGCAAAGUUUGCCACGUCCUGUCUUACGCCGGAUGAAGUAACGCAUCUUAUUCCCGACAACUCCUCCCUCAUCCUAGACGCAAACAGACAAUUCACCGACUUUGCUAAGCUGAUGUGUAAAGAAGCAACAGAGUGUAUGGUCGAAGUCUUACUCUGUCUCUUAGAUCAUGAUCAGCUCACUCUCAAAGAGACUCUAUGUAUUCUCAAGGAAUACAGCCCUGGUUCACUAGGCAGCUGCCCAUUGCUGACCAGAUUAUUAGAAUUGGUGAUGUGCUCUGGAAAAUGGCAAAAUCUUUACUCUGAAGCAAUGCCAGAGAUUGUCUCGAUAUACUUAUCCCAGUUGCUCCAUGCUGACCAGCCUUCUAUGAUGAACACAUCCAGAGCUUGUAGACGUACACAUGCACAUGUGCCACAGGGAGACGGCUGCUUUGCUGCAAGAUUCAACUGGCUUAACAAGCUCCCUCCUUUCCAAGGUUCUUUAAGGCAGACCUGCACUGGUCUAGAACAGAAGGCCAGGAACUGGAGGCUACAGAGAGGCCGGAGUGGUUCAGUGACCCAGCCCCAGACGCCCACAAAGAGUGGGGCUCCUUGUCCCUGCUGCUGCUGUAAUGAAGUCCUUAUGAGAUUACAGAGUCUACUCUGCUCAGAGCACUUGACAGAUGAAGUGUCAUUGUACGUCAUCAACGGCAUUGAGGACAUGAAAGAAUGCAGGGGAAAGGGAUCAUUGCAGCUCCUCUGCCAAACAAAACUAGAUACAAAGACUGCUUUAUCGGUAGUCAUUCAAGAAUACCCAAGCAUAGCAGUAGAGUUCUCAAGCCAACACUGCGGGCAUCGGGAAGACCUGUGGUCUCAUGUUCUCUCAGAUCUUGUCAAGGGUCUGGAAGAGAAGACUACUGAUGGGAUGGAGACUCGCAAAGCCAUCUCUCUUCAGAUGUUGUCAGGUGUACUUGGCUACCUUGUACAGGAACUGGAAGCAUCAGCCCUUAUAUCCCUUUUGCCCUCCGACCUGCCUCUGACCCUUACCAUGCCAUAUAUGGAGAGGUCAUUGCUUAGAGAUCGAGCUAGCAGACUCAGAGAGGAGAUAGUAGCAACAGGAAUGGAAAGCAUCAAGGGAUGCUAAGGAGAUAGAGAGAAGGAAGUAGAGGAGGUGUGGGGUGGAUUAACAAGUAGAUGUCCUGUGGAAAAGCUGCCCAUGACCUUUACUAUGUGCUACUAGUGUAUGGAGAGGUCAUUGCUUAGAGAUCAAGCUUGCAGACUAAGAGAAGAGAUAGUAGCAACAGGAAUGGAAAGCAUCAAGGGUUGCUAAGGAGAUAGAGACAGAAGGGGGUAUGAUAAGGGUGGAGUUGACUAACUAAUUGUUGUCCUGUGGAAAAGCUGCCCUUGACCUUUACUAUGUGCUAUAUGGAGAGGUCAUUGCAUAGAGAUCGAGCUAGCAGAUUCAAGGCCACCGCACAUCUUAUGACUGCUUGCGAUCCGAUUUUGGAACAAAUCGCAUUUUGCUAAUUUUCUGAGAUUAUGAAUGGAGCAUAUGAUUUUAUUACAGGUUGAAAUUAAUUGAAAGAAUACUGAUAUAACCAUUUUGAAAGAUUGCAAGCGUUUAUUUUGGAGUAUAGGCCAAUUUAGUUUCAAAUCCUAACCAAUCAUACGACUGCUAUGACGUCAUUACGGCUAGAUGUUAAAUUUCCUUUUAUUCUAAGAAGGAUGAUAGCAUAGUCACAGAUUUGAACAUGUGUAUUCGUAAAAUGAUUUCGAACAUUACACAGUAAGAUAUUCCAUGUCUCUAUAUUAUCAUCAAAUUAUACUACGUAUUAUUCCAAAAUCAGGUCGCAGACCGAUCGUAAGGUGUGCGGUCGCCUUUAGAGAGGACAUAGUAGCAAAGGGGAUGGAAAGCAUUAAGGGAUGCUAGGGAGAAAGAGGUAAGAAAGUAGGGGAGGGGUGGAGUGGAUUAACUAAUAUUUGUCCUGUAGAAUAGCUGGCCUUGACCUUUACUUAUACCCUAUGUGAAGCUAUCAUUGCUUAGAGAUAAGGCCAGCAUUAAGAACUGAAGCGGGGGAGUGUUUCUUAAAGCUCUUUGUAAGUUAUGACCUAAGUAACGAGCGACUGAAUGAACAACUGGUGAUCCUUUUUUGUGGUAAAUAAUAUACUGCAUAUGUUCAUUGACGGUUUAUUUAGCUUCUAAGACAGGAUUACCAGUCGUUCGUAAAGUCACUCGUAGCUUGCGAACAGCUCUAUUAAACACGUACCCAGGCUGGAAAAAAAAUUAACUGGUGCAAGGAAGGAAAAUAGGGAAAGAGAGCUUCAGAAAGAAAGAGAAGAGUGGAAUCAACAAAGUAACUGAAGGGCAUCAAAGGCUUUCAGGUUGAGAAUGAGAGAAAGAGAGAGUAAUAGUAAGGAAUUAAAUGUAGAUAUAUGUAAUGCUACAUUAUCAAUAGGUGCUAUGGAUGUCCUAAGAGUGUAUUGUUUAUAAGAGAAUAUUCCCAUUUGAACUUGUAUUUUGUCAACUAUAUUGUUUCAAUAAUUUGGAAAUGUCACAGUUUAACUAAAAAGUGCAAUAUUUAAACUAUAUAUCUCAUAUAAGUGUUUGUAUUUCUAUGCAUUUUGUUAUGCAUGGCCCCAUUUAAAACAGCAUCUCAUUUACUGAUGGGGCUACUGCGUUUUGAAAUAAUAUGCAAUAGAUAAAUAUAUAUAUAUGUAUAUAAAUAUAUCAAAUGAUAAAACAAGGUUGAAACGUUCAUGCUUUGUUCCAACAUGGUUGUACAUAGAAUUGCAUAUUUUGUUGUCAGUCACUUGAGAAAGACACUUGGGCAUCGUGAAAAUUUGUGCAUCAAAUAAACUUAUAUGUUGAAACAAAGCAUCGUGUCAACCCUGUU